GCAUAAAUUAUGUUCAUGACGCAGUAGAUAAAAUAUCCCCGGUCUGCAAAUCUGCCCCCUCGUUCUGCCCCCCCCCAGGCGGGGCCGGGGCUCGGGCGGCUGCAACCGAGGGACCAUGCCCGCUGCAAAAGGCCGGUUGCACCGGUUGCAGGAGGGGUAGAGGCCAGUUGGGCCCGGGGAGGGGGGGCGCUUCUCCCCACCCCCCUUUUUUGUGCUUGCAGCAACCUUCGCUCCUGCUGCUGCUGCUGCGAGUUGAAUUUUUAAUUAUCCCGGGCGGGGGGGAGCAAAAAAGCAAAAGAUCGGCUUGCAGGAGCCCCGGCCCGGGCAGAAGGCGAGCGCGGUGCCUCUGCAGCCUUAGCAUCCCUUGUCUCUGCAGUAUGUGACCCAUCAUACAUUGCCAUUUGCACCAGCAACCAAUCAUGGACACUGAAACUGUUACCCCACAAGAAGCACCCUUGACGGUUAAUGAGCAGGUGAUUGUGAUGUCAGGUCAUGAGACAAUCAGGGUGCUGGAGGUAGGGGUGGACGCUCCACUCCCCGUGGACAAUACAGGGAAAACUGUGGAAACAGCAACACCAUCAGCAGGAGGAGAAGCUCCCAUGAGCUGCCCUCCAGAGCCCAGUGAAACAGGGAAGGAAGGAGGAGAACAAAACGUGGAAAAGGCACAUGGCAAUUCAGGUGGUGAAGUAAAGAUGAUACCGGAAGUAAUUCCUGCACCCGUCCCAGGAGUCAUCCCUUUCAGCCAAAUGACAAGCCAGCAAACACAAACUCUAACUCCUGUCACAGUACAAGCUGCACCACAGUAUUGCAGGUCAAGUGGCAGGUCAGCAGGGGCUGGCUGUGUGGACAUUUCCUGCAGCAACAGUCGCUGCCCUUCCGGGACUGACGGCCGCCUCUACUACUGGGGGAAUUUUCAAAUCGCCUAUAGCCAAUCUGCAAGGUAACUGCAUU